AUGAAUGGAAGAUUAAUAUUUGAUGAGAAAAUAGAAGAUUUAGAAGUGGUAAUUGAAAGCAACGAAAUUAAAAAUAUUCUUAAUAGUUUUUUAAGUAAGACAAAGAAUGUAAUAAAAGUUACAAAUAAUGGUGAUGUUGAUAAAGAUUCUAUGAACAGUGAAAGGUUUUCAGUAGAUAAACCUUUAGAAAAAUAUAUUACAACUGCAAUAGAAAGGAAUACAAAUAUAUUAAAAUAUUUAAUGAAAAGUUUACCAAAUCCAAAAGAUAGAAAAAAUAUAGAAGUGGUUUCAAAAAAAUUUUAUUCAUUUUCAAAUGAUCCUAUUUCAUAUGUACCUUUAUCAAAAAGUGAAAAAAUUUCAAAACAAUUUAUCAAUGAAGAAUCAGGAUCAUAUCAAUUAAUUAUUUCUGGAGGAGAAGUAAUUAUUAAUAUUCUUGAAACAUUACAACCUAAAGAUCAAAGUUUUGAUGUUUUAAGGAGAAUUUUAAAAAAAUAUAUUCCAAUUAUGGAGUCAUUAUAUUUUAUGAUAACAACACCUAAUUAUUAUAAAAUUUUUGAAAAUUUAAAUUGUUUUGAUAGAAUAAAGACUGUCAAAAUUGAUAUUAAUUCUUUACAAAAAAGUGGUACAAGAAUUUUUAAAGAAUGUCCCUCUUUGAAACCUGUAAAUAUUUAUAUCAAAGAUUUAUCUCUACUCAAUAAUAGAGAGAUUUGUGAUUGCAUUGAAUAUCAAUUUCCAUCAAGUGUUAAAAAUUUCUAUUUUGAGAGUAAUCCAGAAAUUUUAGAAUGGUUACUAAGUAAAGUAUCAUUUUAUGAUUAUGGAUAUUUUGAUAAUUUUUUCAUGUCUAAAUAUUCUUUUAUAAAGUUAAUGGAUUCUAAUGUAAAAAGUAAUUUCUUGGAAAUUAUAAAAUAUUUCAAAAGGAUAUCUUAUUAUAAUGGUGAUUUUUAUGCUUCUCCAUUUGAUAAAAAUGUUGGAGAAGUUCUUUCUAAAUACAAUAUCAAAACAUUUGCAAAUGUAUAUUUUUCAAAAAACAAUAUUAUUAAAAAUUUUCUUGAUUGUCCAAAUAAAUUAAAAGAAUUUGAUGAAAUUCGUGGAAAUAUAUUAAGAAAACGUAAUUGUAGAAUAUUAGGAAAUAAAGGCAUCUAUUCAAGUAUAAAUAAAUUAAUUAUAUCUGAUAUAAUAGAAGCAAGAAAAUUUCAUCCUUUUUCAAUAUAUGAAUUACAAUUUUUAAUAUAUGACAUUGAAAAAAUGAAAAAAUUAGACCACUUGGAGAUUGAUCUUCAUUUAUUUAAAAGUUUUCCUGAUUUUAAAAAAUUUUUUUGUGCUAUUAAAAGUCAGAUAAAAUAUCUAAAAAUUGGAAAAUGUUCUACUAUUAUGUCUUAUUACUUUCCUGAAAUAAAACGUUAUUGUGGAAAAUUGAUGUAUCUUUAUUUAGAAGAUGUUGGCCCAUAUACUACAGUUACGAUAAAGAAUAUCUUAACGACAAUUAAAAAUUUAAAAGGACUCAAAAUAAAAUUUAAUGAUUUUUAUAAUUUUAAAUAUAUUUUAGAAAGUUUAGAAAAAAAAGAUGGUGUUGAAAGUGUUUUAGAUUGGCCUAAGAUUGAUUUUCUUAAUAUUAUUUGUCCUUUUCCAGAUAAUGAAAAUUAUGAAAAGAUAAGGCAAAUUGAAUACAAUACACCAAGAAAGACAGGUAAAUUUAUGUUAAAAGAAAUUGUUCAUAAUGGAAAAAUAUGUUGUCAAAUUAUUGUUCAACGUAGUACAAAAUUAUAUGAUCAAUUUGAAGAAAUAUUUGAUACAUAUUUUUAA